GAAAUGGAUUAAGGACAGGGAGUUCCCACUAAUUAUACGUAUGUGGAUACGCCUUGUUGCGUGCGUUUGUUCUGUGUGGCGGUGUGAGGGUUUCCUUCAGGCCAGUGUAUUCUACCUUGCUUUGUUUUUUCGUGCUCGUUCUUUCCUGCAACAAGCGUCUCUUCCACUCGGUGAGGGCUCUCUUUGUGAAGAUAUAGAUAAAAAAUGCAAGGUGGGGAAGAGGUUAGCAUAGAUGAACUUGCUUCAAACCUCUCCACUUACAAAGAUCAGCUUCAACAGGUCAGAAAGCUUUUGGUUGAUGACCCUGGAAACUCUGAAUAUGUGGACAUGGAAAAGGAGCUUGAAGAGGUGAUUGCAUUGACCGAAGAACUAUUGGCAACUGCAAGGCAAAAUGAGAUAUCUGGUUUGAAAAAUGGGACUGGUGCAGAUGCAUCAUCUAGUUUGGACCCAUCAAGGGGGUCUUUUAUGCAUAAAAUGGAAUCAGAAAAUGUUUCAGACCAUUAUGAGAGGUUUCCUGUUGGCACAAAAGUACAAGCGGUUUGGAGUGAAGAUGGGGAGUGGUAUGAUGCAACUAUUGAGGCACACUCACCGAAUGGGUAUUAUGUUUGCUAUGAUGGAUGGGGGAAUAAGGAGGAGGUGGAUCCAAGCAAUGUAAGGUCAAUUCAAGGAGGGGUUGUCAAUGCUUUAUUAGAAGCUGAGAAAGAAGCUGAAGCUACAAAACAAGCUAUAAAAAGGAAAAUUGCACAAGCUGCUGCUGCAGAUUUCCAAGCACGAAGUUUACCAGCAAAACUUCGUAUAGAACCAGAUGACCCUGAAGAUGUGAAAACUGCCAAGCGUAAGAAAAUACAUGCUUUUAAGUCAAAGAUGCGGUUCGAGCAGCUGGAAGUCACACAGAAUAAGCGCCAAAAUGCCUGGCAGCAGUUUCAGACAACCAAAGGCCGGGCUAAGAAGAUUGGUUUCUUCUCGGGCCGCAAGCGCGAGAGCAUUUUUAAAUCUCCUGAGGAUCCGAAUGGCAAAGUUGGUGUCACUGGAAGUGGGAAAGGCUUGACAGACUUCCAGAAGAGGGAAAAGCACUUGCAUCUCAAGGGUGGAAGCGCUGAAAUUGAUGAUUAGGUUGUAGAGUUUCUUUACUUUUUCCCUUGCUGGAUGGCACUUUGAAACUUCUGCUUCAAGGAAUUAUGCAAACCAGUUCGCUGUAGUCUGGCGUUUUGUGAACCACCUCAAAUUGCAUGGUGUACCAUAGGCGGUUUUAUGCAUUGUAGGAAUGGGGUGUUCAAUGUCUAGCAAAGAUCUUUCCGUAGCCAUUACCGCUUCUCCUCGGCCCAACAGGUGUUUGCCUCGUUUCUGUUACUUGUUUUGCUUUGCUCUAUUGAAUUUUUUGGUGUGCGUAAAUUGGAGAAUAUUUACUUGGAAAAAUAUUUACAGAUGAAUUAAGCGUGCACAAA